CUUUCGAAGUUUCUUUUUCUCUCCCACGCCUGCCGGCCUCUUCCCAACCGCCCAGGACUAGGUAGAGAUUUAAAAAUUUGCAAGCAGAGACUGGCACGUCGGAAGUCGGCAGCAGCCUCCAGCUGAGUACAUCCAUUCUCCACACAUCCAGCUUGUGAGGUCCCUCCAGCCACAAGGUAGGCACCAUGACUGACAAGUUUGACUGCUACUACUGCAGAGAGGCCCUCCAAGGCAAGAAGUACGUGCAAAAGGAUGGGAACCACUACUGUGUGAGUUGCUUUGACAAGUUCUGCGCCAACACUUGUGUGGAAUGCCACAAGCCCAUCGGCGCGGACUCCAAGGAGGUACACUACAAGAGCCGCCACUGGCAUGACACCUGCUUCCACUGCACCAAGUGCCGUCGCCCCUUGGCCAACGAGACCUUUGUGGCCAAGGAUUACAAGAUCCUGUGCAACAAGUGUGCCACGAAGGAGGAUUCCCCCAAGUGCAAGGGGUGCUUGAAGCCCAUCGUGGCAGGAGAUCAAAAUGUGGAAUACAAGGGGACCAUCUGGCACAAAGACUGCUUCACCUGCAGCAACUGCAAGCAAGUCAUUGGAACCGGAAGCUUCUUCCCGAAAGGGGAGGAGUUCUACUGCGUGACUUGCCACGAGGCCAAAUUUGCCAAGCACUGCGUGAAGUGCAACAAGGCCAUCACCUCUGGAGGAAUCACUUACCAGGAUCAGCCCUGGCAUGCCGAGUGCUUUGUGUGUGUUACCUGCUCUAAGAAGCUGGCUGGGCAGCGUUUCACCGCUGUGGAGGACCAGUAUUACUGCGUGGAUUGCUACAAGAACUUUGUGGCCAAGAAGUGUGCUGGAUGCAAGAACCCCAUCACUGGGAAAAGGACUGUGUCAAGAGUGAGCCACCCCGUGUCUAAAGCUAGGAAGCCCCCAGUGUGCCACGGGAAACGCUUGCCUCUCACCCUGUUUCCCAGCGCCAGCCUCCGGGGCAGGCAUCCGGGUGGAGAGAGGACUUGUCCCUCGUGGGUGGUGGUUCUUUAUAGAAAAAAUCGAAGCUUAGCAGCUCCUCGAGGCCCGGGUUUGGUAAAGGCUCCAGUGUGGUGGCCUAUGAAGGACAAUGCUGGCACGACUACUGCUUCUACUGCAAAAAAUGCUCCGUGAAUCUGGCCAACAAGCGCUUCGUGUUCCAUGAGGAGCAAAUCUAUUGCCCCGACUGUGCCAAAAAGCUGUAAACUGACAGGGGCUCCUGUCCUGUAAGAUGGAAUCUGAGUUUGGUCCGUUGUGCCCCUCUGCCCUGCACCAUCCUUAGGGCAAGGGUGGCCUCCACCUCCUCCAAGUUGCUCCUCCCAUCUUUGUUCCAUUUUACAGCAUCGCGCAAAUAAAGGCACACCAUGAUCACGUUAGCAUUCAGCAAAGGCAACACGGCAGCCAAGUUAGUUUUUUUCCGAUCGCUGCAAUUAAGCAACCAACGCGUAGCUAGAUUGACACUUCUGCAUGUUUCCUCAUAGAGCAGAAAAGUGCUAACCAUGUAGCGGCUUAGUGAUGCAGCCCCAGCGACGCAGCCCCUCUGAGAAGCCCUGGGGGCUUAGCUGGGACCCACGAGUUGCAGCGGCUGCGCCAACUCAGCUGCUCACCUUGUUCUGUGAGCAGAAAGAACUUUCGGAAAUGCAUGGUUUAGCCUCUUCAUCAAAACUGUUCUUCUGUUCUUAGGCGCUUGCAAGUGACUAACACAAACUUCCAGAAAAUGAACAUUUGAACUUAGCUGUUGUUCUCCACUGAAUCUUCCCUGUACUAACAUUUGAUUUCCCCCGGUGGUGUGUUUUCUGAGCGUUCCUGCUUUGCCAAGGAACAUGCAGGUGACUUAAGAAGCAUAGGCGGAGCUCAGAAAACGAGCCUGUUUCAGAGGCACAUCAUCAGGGCCGACCUUCUGGAAGCCUAACAAAACUAACCUGUCCCUUUUUCUUUGUUUUGAAUUAAUAUUUUUGUUCUAAUUAAUAGCAACAUAGUUUAUGGGUUUGGAGACUUGCAUGAAAAUAUUUUAGUCCCCUCAAACGUUCCUGCAGUUUUAAAAUUCACCUACAGAAGUAACCAGUAAUCUUCUAGAGGGCUCGCUGGGCAGGCUCCACGGCUGUCAUUGACACCGAUGUGAUAUUUCCAGACAGUGCCGACUUGAACCUCUUGUAACAUAGUAGUUGUGCGCUCGUUGUCCCUGUGCUAGGGGCCCGCCAAGUCCCUUCUCGUGAUUCUUAGGCCUGUUCCUCAAGAGCCUAGCUGGAUAUCUGGGGAAGUGGGGAAGCCACUGUCCUACUCCCUGUAUUCUAUGACAUUGUUAUCUUGCAUAGUUUGAUGAGAUGAUACAAAGUAACCUGUAAUGACAAGACGUAUUAACAUUCUCAUAGGAGUGGUUAGCCCCGCCCAUGCCUCAUUUCUCCAUUUUGUCAUUAGCUAUUAUCAUCUAACGUUUCAGUGUAUUGUUACAGAAAUAAAGCAGCAUAU